AUAAAAGUUCAUUUACACACACAAUAACCUGUAAGCCUCCAGUUUCCCACCCUCUCUCUCCCUAUCCCUCCGUCGUCUGGCACCAGAGAAGCCAAUCUGAAAGAGGAAGAAGGAUCUGUAUACAUUGACUAGCAUGUUCCCUACCCCCUCUGCUCUUAAAAACAGCAGCAGCCCAUCUUUCCAAAGAAGCUUGCCUGAAGAGCAGGCGCCGUGUGAAUGAGCUGCACUCUCGGGACCCUGCAGAUUAUCCAGAUCCACUGUGCAGCUCUGCAAGAAACGGGUCGAUCGGCUUUGCUGAAGACUUGGAGUCUGCUUCUGGGAGCAAAAGCUAAAGGACCCUGAAGAGUCAAUCUCGACCUGUGCAGGUUACAUGGAUGUCUACGUGGUGUGAUUUGAAAGCCAGUGAGAAACAACUUUUCCAGUUCGGUCAGGUUUAGGCUUCAUCUGCCAUUACGUCGUAAGAGGCACUGACCACAAAGCAGAAACCUUUGCGAAAAGUACUGCAGAGCCACAAAGAGGUAACAAGCAGACAUUCCUAGGAAAACAUGGAUGGAGUUGGAAACCUGACAGUAUCGUCUGCCAGCAGUAACAUGUGCAAUGGCAGUAUUGAAGACUUCCGCAAUCAAGUGUAUUCCACCAUGUACUCCAUGAUCUCUGUUGUGGGCUUCUUUGGCAAUGGCUUUGUGCUCUAUGUCCUCAUAAAAACAUAUCAUGAGAAGUCAGCCUUCCAAAUAUACAUGAUGAAUUUAGCAUUAGCAGAUCUGCUGUGCGUGUGUACACUGCCUCUCCGUGUGGUCUAUUAUGUUCACAAAGGCAUUUGGUUCUUUGGUGACGUUUUGUGCCGUAUUAGCACCUAUGCCUUGUACGUCAACCUCUACUGUAGCAUCUUCUUUAUGACAGCCAUGAGCUUUUUCCGGUGCAUUGCAAUUGUUUUCCCAGUCCAGAAUAUUCAUUUGGUGACACAUAAAAAAGCCAGAUUUGUGUGUGUUAGCAUUUGGAUUUUUGUGAUUUUGACCAGUUCUCCAUUUUUAAUGUCCAAAAGUUACAAAGAUGAGAAAAACAAUACCAAGUGCUUUGAGCCUCCACAGGAUGAUCAAACUAAAACUCAUGUCUUGAUCUUGCAUUAUGUGUCAUUGUUUGUUGGAUUUCUCAUUCCUUUUGUUAUUAUACUUGUCUGUUACACAAUGAUCAUUUUGACUUUACUAAAAAAUGCAAUGAAGAAAAAUCUGUCAAGUCGUAAAAAGGCUAUAGGAAUGAUCAUAAUCGUGACGGCUGCCUUUUUAAUCAGCUUCACGCCAUAUCAUAUUCAACGUACCAUUCACCUUCACUUUUUGGUCAGUGAAACUAAAUCUUGUGAUUCUCUUCUUAGAAUGCAAAAGUCAGUGGUUAUAACCUUGUCUCUGGCUGCAUCCAAUUGUUGUUUUGACCCUCUCCUAUAUUUCUUUUCCGGGGGGAAUUUUAGGAGAAGGUUGUCUACGUUUAGAAAGCACUCUUUGUCCAGCAUGACUUAUUCACCCAAGAAGAAGGUCUCACUGCCAGAAAAAGAUGAAAUAUGUAAAGAAUAGUGUAAACCCAUCUCCAAUGCAUAUCAUUGACACAUAGUUUCCUGAGCAAGUAUUUUCUCAAAUAACUACAAUAAAAAUUACAACAUCCGCUAAUAAUUUGUAAAUACUUAACUCGAUGUGUGCCUAUAAAUUUAUCUGAUUUAUGCAUCCACCUUAUGAGAGAUCCUAAAAGUAUUUGUAAGUGUUAAAAUUUCAGUCUGCAACUAUUAACUAGAUUAUAAAUUCGAUCAUUUGCCAAGGGGUGAAGAAUACUUACGCACUGGCACUUAAAUGGGUCCAAGAUCAAGGAUUUCCCCCUCACAUAAAAGCUUUACAAAGGAUAAGAGCUAGCCUUUUAAGAUAUAAAACUAGCAAGUAGUUUUCAGUCAUACUAACAACAUAUCCCUCUGCACGCACUCGAUCAGAUGAAAACUGGAAUGUCCCGGAGCUAUAUAAAACGCACUGCCGCCUUCUUUGCAGUAUUGACUGACCAGGCAAAGUAGGGCCAUUUCUUCCAAGAGAGAAUGUGCAAGUGCUAGGACUGCCUACAAGUCACCCAAAUGGCCCCAAAGGCUCCAUGCAACGUACAGUCUGCAAACUGAGGAAGGUAAGCCCGGUCAAAGGCCAGUUUGUGUCCAAAUUUCUUCUGCUCCUGACCCAGGUCCCCUAGAAGAGAAUGGCGAACUUUCUGUUAAUUAUUGAGGUUCUUAGAGGGAAUUCUCUCACACAGGCCUUCCUUAAGAAACCAGACA